GGUGAUUCUCCAUACAAAAUCCCAAAGCGACAAUAUCUUUCCUUCCAAAAGAUGAUGCUCGGAGAACGACACCGUCCCAAUCCGUCGGUACACGUCCCGCCGUGGGCCCUCCUCGACGAUACAAAUCCUGAGGCUUAUCCUUCGUCACCGCUGAGCUCCCACUCAGGCAAUGCUGUUACGGCCUCUGACUACAACCCGUACAAUAUCCAAGAAGUGGUGGCUGCGCUGCAGCGUUAUCUGCCGUCGAACGAACCGGACUUGGACCCUGACUACGAGUUAUCUGGUCUGGAGCCGGACUCUCCGGUGGACGCCUACUCUUGCGAUCAUUUUCGGAUGUUCGAGUUCAAGGUGAGGCGGUGUGCACGUGGCAGGUCACAUGACUGGACCGAGUGCCCUUACGCUCAUCCAGGUGAGAAAGCUAGGAGAAGGGACCCGAGAAAGUAUCAUUACUCUGGUACAGCUUGCCCUGAUUUUCGCAAAGGGAGUUGCAAGAAAGGUGAUGCGUGUGAGUUCGCCCAUGGUGUGUUUGAGUGCUGGUUGCACCCUGCGCGUUACAGAACUCAGCCGUGCAAGGAUGGUCCAAACUGUAGGAGGAGGGUCUGCUUUUUUGCUCACACGGCGGAGCAACUCAGGGUUCUGCCUCAGCAGAGCCCUAGGAGUGUCAACUCCAUCGACUCUUACGAUGGAUCGCCCCUGAGACAGGCUAUAGAAGCUUCUUGCGGCAAAAGUCUUCCCUUUUUGGCUAGCCCCGGAUCGAUUUCACCUCCUGCCACGCCGCCGGUUGAUUCCCCUCCUAUGUCGCCGAUGACUCAAUCCUUAAGUCGGUCCCUUGGGUCUAAUUCGAUCAAUGAAAUGGUGGCUUCACUAAGGAAUUUACAGCUUGGCAAGGGGAAGUCCUUGCCUUCUUCUUGGAAUGUGCAGGUUGGUGGAUCCGGGUUUGGAUCUCCAAGAGGGUCAAUGAUCCGACCCGUAUUCUGUAGCCUGCCAUCCACUCCAACGGGCGGUCCAACCCGUUCAGGACUGGGUCACCGUGAUAUUUGGGAAAAUGAUUGCGAGGAGGAGCCUGCGAUGGAGAGAGUGGAAUCAGGGAGGGACCUGCGUGCAAAGAUGUUUGAGAAGUUGAAGAAGGAGAACUCGUUGGGUCGGGUUGGCCCGUAUGCAGGCCAAUCUACUAAUGGUCCGGAUGUUGGGUGGGUCUCGGAGCUCUUGCAGUGAAGGGAGCCCGAGCCAAGUUGCUUUUGAAAAUUGUUAAUUAUUUUUGGUGAAGUCUACCCCUCACUGUGAAUAGUAUUUAAAGAAUUGAGAGAGGGAAGAUGGGAAUUUGGCAUCUGGUAGCAAGAAAUUUGUGUAUAUUUAAAAAAAAAAAAUCAUUAAUAAGUAGAAUUAAAUCUGUGGGUGAAGAGCUACGAAUCUCUUUUUUGGGGAAUUUUCUGAGAAAGUCCAGAAUUCUGACAGCAAUUGAAGUAGAAGUUGGAGGAGAAAUUGUAUAAUGAAGAAGAAGAUGGAUUAUUCCCUUUUCUCUAUUCGGUUUUAAUGGUUGAGUAGUGUCUCUGUUAGUAUUAAAAUUAUGAAAAUAUGGAAGCUGCAGAUCUUAUUAUUGUAAAAAAAAAAUUGAAGAUUACAGCCAUGUAAUUGCCUCGGCUAUUUUGCUGUAUUGAAUUUGCUUAGUAUUUGUUCACCUGAA